GCUAUCACUAUCACAUAUAACCAGAGCACCUCUCUCUCUCUCCAUGAGUUACAGAUAAAGUAGCAGAAGCAGAGGGAAGCAACCAAUCUGAGUAAAAAUGGAGCAGACCUUUAUCAUGAUCAAGCCCGAUGGUGUUCAGCGUGGCCUGAUUGGUGAGAUUAUUAGCCGAUUCGAGAAAAAAGGUUUCUUUUUAAAAGAAAUGAAGCUUAUACGCGUUGAACGCCCUUUUGCUGAGAAGCACUACGAGGACUUGUCCGCAAAGCCAUUCUUUGACGGCCUGGUUGAGUACAUUAUUUCUGGUGCUGUGGUUGCCAUGGUAUGGGAAGGCAAAAAUGUGGUUGCGACUGGUCGGAAGAUCAUUGGUGCCACUAACCCAUCACUGUCUGAUCCCGGUACCAUCCGCGGUGAUUUUGCUGUUGAGAUUGGGAGGAAUGUUAUUCAUGGAAGUGAUUCAGUUGAGAAUGCUAGGAAAGAGAUAGCACUGUGGUUUCCGGAUGGCACUGUAAACUGGCAGAGCAGCCUUCAUCCCUGGAUCUAUGAGUAAAAUUUGGUCGUGGUUUUGGCUGCAAUUGGCAGCUCCGUGUCCCUUACUCUAUAUUAUCCUAGUUACUGGAAUUUAGUCUAGACGAUCAUUCUGAUAUUACUAUCAGUUCCACUGUUUGGGUUGUUUGCUGCUUAUUUUUAUGGAAUAAUCGUUGUUUCUUAAGUUAUAGUUUGCUAUAAUUGUUGAAGUUAUUCUCAAAUUAUUAUCGUUGUUGUCAUGUUGUGAUAAUGAUGCCAUUUUUUUGAUUGCUGGGGUUUCAUUUGUUUUAGCAUCAGAAUAUUGCCCCCUAAUAUACUGUCGAGAUUAAACUGCAA